AUGCCAAAGCCGGAAGUAGUGCCCGGCAGGCAGAGACAGGAGAGUGUCCCGCAUUGUCCCAAACGUCGAUUCUCCCAAACGGCCUCUCCGCCAUGGGAUCCUGGUCCUUCACCGCCGAUGUCCCCCAAACGUCCACGGACCACGACCUACACUCCAGAAUCGCCGACCGACAGUAUACAAGGAGAGCAGAGUAUGUCGUCCCAGGGUGGCCCUGUUCCACCCGACCCAGCGCGCCAGCCUACGAAACAAGGCAAGUUCCAUACCGAUAUAUACCUCAUGAUCGUCGACCAAGUCAUUGAGUCUGGAAAGCAGCGCGAUGGAUCGCAGUCUGAAUGGAAGGAGACAUUAAUGUCCCUGGCCUGCACUUCUCGAUUGUUGCAGGGUAUUGCUGAGGACCACAUCUACAGACAUCCCAGUUUCCGCCAAUGGAAUCCAACUAUGUUCGGUAACAACCUGGAUCACGUCGUUAAUAGGUUCCUUUUCGCACUCUGGGCCAGGCCUUCUCGCCGCGUCUCAGUCCGCAACCUGGAACUCGCGUAUUUUGCAACCUGUUCUAAUAUAGAACAAUUGAUCGACACAGUCCAAGUAUGUCCGAAUCUCAGCCACUUGACACUUGAAUGGGCGCCCCGUACGCUUCCCACAAGUCUGGAUGAACAGGCAAGAGGUGUAGCGCGGUUACUCAACUCAUGCUCAAAGAAGGUGCAUCAUUUCACUUUCGUCAAAUACGAUGAUGAGAGGCCGGGUCAGGUAAACGAGGUCAGCGGUGGCUGUUCGGAGUUUUACGAACGGUUGACUAGCUUCAUGGCAGCUGCACCAGUCAGCGACCUGAUGGCCACCCUUUUAAAUCACCGUCUCCCCGAUUUGAAGUACUUCCGCUGGGAACCACCUCUUGAUCGACAGCUGUAUCGUUUGAUAAACGGCAAGCUUCUCCCCGAGGCUAGCAAGACGUGCCCUGCUCUACGAACGUUGGAUUGGGGUAUCAGGCUGCUGAACUUGCCCUCCCUACUGAAGGCCUGCGAAGUGUGGGGGCCGACCCUUCGUUCUCUUAGAGUGCACAUCAAUGACCCCAUCCCCAACCCCAUCAGUCAAAUCCUGCCUUUGCUUCCCCGUCUAGAAGAGCUUUCUGUACGCACACUGCAUCGAAUCACGCAGUCGGAUAUUCAGGCUAUCGUACACUACGCUCGCUCAACUCCACUGCAUCUUCAGAACAUUUCCCUGACGAGCCAGACUGACCCGAUGCGCCCACCAACCCUGCCGCGCAUAGACGAUGAUCUUGCGAACCUGAUUGACGCUGUACACCCAACCCUGGUGUCCCUGCAUCUGGAAUACGAUCGCCCGGUGAAAGCAAAGUUUAUCAAGCACCUUGUAAAGGCCAAAAGGUUGCACCACUUCUACGUGGAGAUCGAGGGCCGUCCCAAGGACAGGCAUCUGCAACUGGUUUCAAGAGAGUGUCCCAGGCUGAAAGGGAUAUAUUUUCCUUCUCUUUCUUCUGCUCGAUCUUUUGUUCCUGCAACCCUCUACUGA